GCGCUCAUGGACCAAAAUGGAGGUCGGACGCGCACUUGGAUUGGCGGACUCAAAUAUCUCAAGACUGGACGUUUCAUUUGGUUGGAUGGUGCUCGCUGGAGCUAUGCUGAUUGGCUACCAGGAGAGCCCAAUGACACUGUUGGAGUAGAGGACUGUGUUGAGUUACUCAGCAAUGGGAAAUUCAAUGACAUGCCAUGCUGGGACCUGCGUGCUUUCAUCUGCUCCUAUCCUGCAAAAUAAGACAGCAGGUACACACUGGAGCUGCAGCCAU